GCGCACGAUCGAAGCGCGAGCGCGUUCCAGUCUCCGCGGGCGGCCCAAUGCACACGCGCAGACUGCCCGCCUCUUCUCUCCGGCGUCGGCUAGCGGAAUGCGCAGGCUCAUAAAGUCUUCUAAGUAGAAAGCAGGCCGAACUCGGGGGCCGGGCGCGGGGCCUUGUGGGAGGGCUUAAGGAAGUAAAAUGGCGGAUCUGGCGAACGAAGAAAAGCCUGCCAUUGCCUCACCCGCCUUUGUGUUUCAGAAGGACAAAGGACAGAAGUCUUCCACAGAGCAGAAAGACUUGCCAGAGUCGGGAGAGGAGCCUCGGGGGGAGGCCAAGGCGCCCCGACAUGGCGCAGGGCCCCCUGAGUCUGCUGGGGAACAUGCCCUAGACCCUCCUGCCCCUGCUAGUGCUUCCGCCAGCUCUCCUCCGCCUCCCGCUCCUGCAGCCCGGCCUUCUGGCCUGCAACACCCGGCAGGGAGAUCAGCUGAUGGCUCCAGUCCCGAAGCUGGAGAAGAUUCUGACCAUGAAGAUGGAAACUACUGCCCUCCUGUCAAGCGCGAGCGGACGUCCUCGCUAACCCACUCAGAGGAAAAGAGCAGCGGCUUCCGCCUCAAGCCCCCGACGCUGAUCCAUGGCCAGGCGCCCAGCGCAGGUCUGCCCAGCCAGAAGCCCAAGGAACAACAGCGCAGCGUGCUCCGCCCAGCUGUGCUGCAGGCCCCACAGCCUAAGGCGCUGUCACAGACAGUCCCCAGCAGCGGCACUAAUGGGGUGAGCACGCCAGCAGACUGCACAGGGCCAGCAACGUCCACCUCACCAGAAAACCCUGCACAGAGAUGUCCCUCUGAGCCAGCCGAGGAGACACGCGCACUUGAGGAGCCAAAAAAAACAGCAUGCAGCAGCACCUCAGAGGAGAGCUGCGAGAAGAGGGAGCAGGCGGCCUUUGUGUUCGGCCAGAACCUGAGAGACAGAGUGAAGUUAAUGAAUGAGAACACCGACCUGGUGGACUCGGACAGCACUGCACAACCCAGCUCGGAAACACCCGUCGCCACCAACUACUUCUUGCAGUACAUCAGCUCCAGCACAGACAACUUGAGCAACAGCGCCGACGCCUCCAGCAACAAGUUUGUGUUUGGCCAGAACAUGAGCGAGCGUGUCUUAAGUCCCCCCAAGCUGAAUGAAGCCAGUGUGGACACCAGCAGGGAAAGUGCACCCCCCGAGUCAGGGUCUGAAUCGUCGUCCCAGGAGGCCACCCCCAAGAAAGAGUCCCUGGCUGAGUCGGCUGCUGCAUACACCAAGGCCACUGCCUGGACAUGCCUGCUGGAGAAGGUGGAGGUCAUCACCGGAGAAGAGGCUGAGAGCAAUGUGCUGCAGAUGCAGUGUAAGCUAUUCGUCUUUGACAAGUCUUCGCAAUCGUGGGUGGAGCGUGGCCGGGGACUGCUCAGACUCAACGACAUGGCGUCCACUGAUGACGGCACAUUACAGUCCCGGCUUGUGAUGCGGACCCAGGGCAGUCUGCGACUCAUCCUGAACACGAAGCUGUGGGCACAGAUGCAGAUGGACAAGGCUAGCGAGAAGAGCAUUCGAAUCACCGCCACAGAUGCCGAGGACCAGGGUAUCAAGGUCUUUCUGAUCUCGGCCAGCUCAAAAGACACGGGCCAGCUGUACGCCGCGCUGCACCACCGCAUCCUGGCGCUGCGUAGCCGGGCAGAACAGGAGCAGGACACCAAGGCACCCGCCCCCGAGUCUGGGGCCACCCGCUCCAAUGAGGAGGAGGACAGCGAUGAGGACACCCUGCCAGGCCCCACGGGGGCUGCAGGAGCCAGUGCAGGUGAGGAAGGGGACAGCCAGACACCUGGGAGCACAUAGCGGCCGGAGUCACCACACCAGGCCGCUGCUUUGUCGUCUAUCCACCGCCUGCCCCUCCCCACAGGCUGCGUUGCAGUGCUGUCUACUGUUGGGGUGGCUGCAGGCUGGAUCCGUGUCCUCUCCAUACCAGAUGGGGAUGCCGGGAUACGGCUCAGGACACAGACCUCAUCAUAUUGAUGAGUGGAGAGAACGUCCCGCCUUCCCUCCGAUCCACACGGCACAUUGACACUUGUCACAGCUUUGCUGGCUCUCAGACCUGGCCUGGUCACCCAGCCCGGUGCCACCCAUCCCUCCCGCUCUGGGCAGCAAGUUUGAACUUGGGGCUCAGCACCCUGCUGCCUGCUCUCCCAGGGUUUGUGGCCGAGCUUUCUUGUUGGUUCCCGAUGUCUUAGUUUUUGGGCCCCAACAGUCACCCAGGGCGUGCGCCUGGGAACGCCUGUCUGGACAAAGGUGACAGGUCCCAGGAGGGUCCCCUAACCCUCCUCCAUGCCUCCACCACAUGGGUGACUGUGACUGUCAUCAGGUACCCAGUGCAGACCUGCUUUCCGCUGUUGGCCACUGUCCCAACCCGCCCUGGUGUGACUGUUAUCUGGGGCCUCUGAGAGGCCAAGGAAGCCUGGCCCAGCCUCCCCAGAGACAGGCACAAAGGCCCACCCAUGGCCAUGUCGCCCAUGUGGCCUGUUCUCCAUCUUGGGUGGCAGAUCGGUCACACUCUGCUUCAAGCCUUAGCCAACCAGUGACAAGUACAUCCAGACGUCACCCGCGUGUUUUGGAACAUUUAUGUAAGAUUGUCAUAAGAAAUGUAUUUGGGAACUACAUUAAAACUUUUAACUAAA